GAGUUUCAACCCUUUCACUCUCCACCAAGCACCACGAUCCCGAGGAAUACGCCGUAAACAGGUUUUCGCAGAAAUACGAUUCGUACCAGGAAUUUCUCUACCGGAAUAAUCGACAGAGGAGACGUUUAUCUUCGACCGAUCAUGGCGAACAGGGGCAAGAGAUGGAAACUAUUUUGGGUACUGGCGGGUGCUGUCUUAUCCACAGUGUCUGUAAAAACUGACGAUGACUUCUUACACGAAAACCACAAAGGUAUGAUCGUGCCGCGAAUCGACUACGACCAGUGGAAACCCUUGGGGAGAGGCGACCCUUUGAAAAACGACCCUACAUUCGACUACGUUCCUCCAGUCUUGGACCAAGUUCGGUACUGGGUCGACCCGAAGAAGCAAUCGGAUUCCAAAUCGUCCAGGGACAACCCGAAGAAAGAAAUCCUUCUGCUUGGAGUGUCGUCCAAAAAGCCUGCCGUCGUCAACCCGGUUUCCAGGAAGGACUCGUACAGUUCGUAUUCGAAAUAUUCCGACGAGAACAACUACGUGUCGAAUCAGAGAAUUUCGAGGCCUUCCUUUUUCCCGUCCAUGUCGUCGUCGAUGUUCCCCUCGAUAUUCACGUUCGCGAAUAAAAUCUUCGACAGGACCGCCCAUUCCAAAGAACCCGAACAUGGGAUGCCGUAUACGGUGCUAAUGCCACCUCCCAUAGAACCGCAGACAAAAAGUUCGCCGAGCCCAAAAUAUUCCACUUCGACCCCGAGCGUUACGAUUCAGGAGUCGAACCUCGUUUAUCACUCGAGUAGUUUAAGCGACCCCAACGAGUUCAAACCUAGUGACGAAUACGUAACAUCGUCGCCUUCUGUUCAUCGGGAACUUAGUCCCACUACCGAGAAGCAAGUGCUCUACGUCGACAGUUUGUCACCUUCCGCUUCGUAUAUGCCGGUGAAAUUCGCACCAGACAGCAAAUUAAGCAACAAAGUGCUCGAAGCUUCCGACAGCAAUCACAAUAUCAACUACGUCACCCCGCCGCCGCUGCCCAACUUGGAGUCACAGAUUUUAGUCAAAGGCAAAGUAACGGACGACAACGAAAUCUCCAACACCUACGUGAAAAUUGAGAAACCCUUGGCUCAAAUGCACUCGACGGGUGUCGGAAUGGACGAUAUAGUGCCGAUGCCGAUGGGGCCUUCGAGGGAAAUGUUCUCGCCCUUAACCAUGCAAACCAUUAUAGAUAUGCAGACCAUGCAACCGCCUCCUCCGACUCAAAGCCCCGUUUUUAUAGAAACUACGCGUCCCGUGGUCGGUAUUUUAAAGAAGGAACAAGUGGAUACCACGCAAUACCUAGCAUCGGCUUCAGAAAUAAGACCCACCACCACGAUAACAACUACAGAAGAGCCGACGACAGUAAACACGCUGACGACAGAUCCGUUAAAAACCGAUCAAGUGCAGCCUCUGAAGGCGCCUUUGUACCUUAUAAUUCAAGGUCAUUCGAAGGUGAAGACGUACAAACCCGCGAAACAAAUCGACGGAAUCAUGAUUCGUGACACUAAUGAGAUUACCAACAAACUAGAUGGAGUAGAUUUCGAUUUGAAACACUUGCACGGGUUCAAGUCCAGCCGCGGCGACGCGUUUCCUCAAAGGAAAGCUCGAAAUGGCAAUUUGCAAACACUGAAGCAUAUAGCUCAAACGGGGUUCGGCUCAAUCGAAUUCGGUAAAGUAAACUUGCAAGAAGCCGAAGUAAAUGGUGGAUACGAAGUAAGAGAUGCGAAGGACACAACGAGCGAGACUUAUCACAAGGGCAUAGUGGAGACCGCUAGGAAAUUGGAGCCAUGAGAUAUUUGUGAUUGAACUUUUCCUUAGCGUUAAGGCAUAAGUUAUGUUUGAAAUUAAUUUAUGUUUGAUAAUAAAAACUCUUUUG